AAAUUUAUAAUUCUUGAAAUUAUGAUUUUAUUUUUCUUAUACUGAAAACAGAGACAAAACCCUUUUAUCUGAUUACUGAUUUUUUAUAAAUUGAUACAACAAAACGCACUUUAUCUUCUUUUGCUCUGUGGUCUCCGUUACUUCAGGUAUACAGUUAAGGACAACUGACAUUGAUAAAGACUGUCAAUAGUGUCAGUGUCAAAAAUAUAAUUAAUCAGUUCCAGUUGUCAACAUAGACGUCAAGUAAUAUUUAAUUAAAAAAAGCUAUAUUUUGAGUCGAUGAGUAAGAAAAUUUUUAUUCAUAGAGGAUAUAAAUCAUAAUUUCAGUUAAAUUGCACUAAUCACUGACUGCUAUCAUGUCAUCUAUAAAGCUACAAGACGACAUAAAUAAUAUACCUCUGGCAGAUGACGAUCCUCAAGUCAUAAUUAACGACGAGCCUGAUCAAAAUUCAAUGUCGGAGGGUAACUCAUCUAGUAUGAUACACGGUAGAAGUAUGGAUUCUAUUCAGUCUACAUUUACCAAUGGCAGUUCCAGCCCUCAACACCACAGCUUAGAACCAGAUUCCAGUCCAGACGAACAAGAGGAAAAAGCCCGUUUAAUUUCUCAAGUACUUGAAUUGCAAAAUACACUUGAUGACCUUUCGACAAGAGUAGAUUCUGUUAAAGAAGAAAAUUUGAAAUUAAGGUCAGAAAACCAAGUUCUCGGUCAAUACAUAGAGAACUUAAUGUCUGCAUCGAGUGUAUUUCAAUCUACUUCGCCAAAAAUUAAAAAGAAGUAAUGUUUACAUUGAAUAAUGAUUUUUUUAUGAAUUUUGUAUUUUACACUUGCACUUGCCUGUUUCGUGAGCCUCUGAAGCCUGUGAUUAUUUGUUAUAAUUAAGUUAUUAUUUAAUGAAAGAUUAGAACUAAGACUCACAUUGCCAUAUUAUGUGUUUAAAGAAAUAAGAGAUUAUUAAAUAGUGAACAUUAGUUGUAGAUUGCUUUUUAAGAUAAAUGACUGCUCUAUAUUAUUUUUCAUAGGGCUUAUACUGCUGUGGACAACUUGUAUAUUUUAUAAUAAAUAAAAAAUUUUUUGUUCAUUUUCUAUACUCAAAUUAAAGUGGCAAAUAAGUCCCCUGAUUGACAUAUUUCUCAGAAAUCUUUUCUUGUGUGUUUUUACGUCUUUUCGUUAUUACAAGACAAGUAAUCCUACACAGUAUUUUGUUAGGGCAUAAGCUUUUCAUCUCUUAAAACUUUUACUCUUUAAAAGUCUUUAAGUAUUACUAAAUUAUAUUAGUUAUUAUCGAAUAUAUUUCUCUUUCUAUAUCUAUUUAGAAGAAAAAAGUAAUUAAACUGUUAUAAAGGAUAAGGGUAUUCAGCUUAAAUAAAUAUAACUAAACAUAAACAGUAUAUUAAAUAAAAACAUAAUAGAUUCAUGAAAUGAAACAGUUAAGUUGCAACUGCUGAUUGAAUGAAGUAAAAUGUGAAGAAAAGUAUUUAGUAUCUUCUAAAAGACUAAAAGUUCAACAACAAUAAAGCUUACCUUAAGGUCACUCCAAUUUUGAUUUACUUACUGUAUUACUAAAGGCAGUAAGUAUACUUACUAAAUUUAAAAUUACAUUUGUCAAAAUUCAAAUAAUCACGUAUUAAAAUAGUUUAAUUUAAAAUACAUACAUACCAAAGGCACAAGACUCGAGUUAUAACAAACUGUAUGUUAUUAGAUGUAUUAUAUUAUAUUGAUGUUAAUAUAUUUUAUAUUAAAAUAAAAACUUUACUGUAGAUACAUUUGCUUCAUAAUUAGAUUAAUAAAAUGCUUAUAAUAUAAUGCUUUUUGAUUUUACAACAAUAAAACACUGCAAUAUAAAAAUAAAUUAUUUAUUUAAAAAAUUCCCAAUAUGAGAAACAAUUCAUAU